GAAUGGAGACUCUCAGCAGCAGCUCCUGCAUUUGCAUUUGAUGCAGACUUCUGGCAGACUUCAGUCGGCGGACUCAGCACCGCGGAUGAACUUAGCAAAACUUUGCCACUCUUGAAGUUAGAAACGCCACGCUGGGAACGGGAAGUUUCUCUUCUCAGUUAAAGCGAAAGACGUGGCUCGGGUGCGACUCAGGUUCCCUUGCGUUUUAAAAUAGCUGCGGUUUGAAGAAGCGCAGACGGGACUAGGUGUCGCGGCGGAGGGGCACUACAUCCAGAGCGCAACAGACUACCGGUGCACAGUUCGCCGCUGAGCUCCAGCCAGACGGACCAAGUGCGCUAAAACUGAGGGCUUAGACUCCGAGAUGCUCCUGUGCGCAUUUUAACAAGCAAAACCAGUCACGUUUGGCUAAAUAACGCUCGAUUUCGAACAGUUUGGGCCGCCGUGAGGUUCAACUGCUGCCGUGUUUUCGUCCAAAACCGACGGACUUCGCGACACUGGACGGACUUUACUGAACUCAAGAUGUCAAUUCUGCCUUUCACUCCCCCCAUCGUCAAGAGACUCCUGGGCUGGAAGAAGGGAGAGCAGAACGGCCAGGAGGAGAAGUGGUGCGAGAAGGCGGUGAAAAGUCUGGUGAAGAAGCUCAAGAAGACGGGGCAGCUGGACGAACUGGAGAAAGCCAUCACCACCCAGAGUGUCAACACGAAAUGCAUCACCAUACCGAGGUCCCUGGAUGGCCGUCUGCAGGUUUCCCACAGAAAAGGUCUUCCCCACGUCAUCUACUGCCGUCUGUGGCGCUGGCCCGACCUGCAGUCCCACCACGAGCUGCGGGCGGUGGAGCUGUGCGAGUACGCCUUCCACACCAAGAAGGAUGAAGUGUGCGUCAACCCGUACCACUACCAGAGAGUGGAGACACCCGUGCUCCCUCCAGUGCUGGUGCCCAGACACACAGAAAUCCCCAGUGAGUUCCCACCUCUGGAUGACUACAGCCAUUCAAUCCCCGAAAACACCAACUUCCCCGCUGGCAUCGAGCCCCAGAGCAACUACAUACCAGAAACGCCACCGCCCGGCUACCUCAGUGAGGAUGGAGAGACCAGCGAUCACCAGAUGACCCACAGCAUGGACACGAGCUCCCCAAACCUGUCGCCCAACCCCGUCUCACCCACACACAGCAACUUAGACCUGCAGCCAGUGACGUACUGCGAGCCGGCCUUCUGGUGCUCCAUUUCCUACUACGAGCUGAACCAGCGAGUAGGAGAGACCUUCCACGCUUCACAGCCCUCGCUGACGGUCGACGGCUUCACGGACCCCUCCAACUCGGAGCGUUUCUGCCUCGGCCUGCUGUCCAACGUCAACCGCAACGCAGCUGUGGAGUUAACACGCAGACACAUCGGCCGUGGUGUUCGGCUGUAUUACAUCGGAGGUGAAGUCUUUGCCGAGUGUCUCAGCGACAGUGCAAUCUUCGUCCAGAGCCCAAACUGUAAUCAGCGUUAUGGCUGGCACCCCGCCACGGUCUGCAAGAUCCCUCCAGGAUGUAACCUGAAGAUCUUCAACAACCAGGAGUUUGCCGCCCUGCUGGCCCAGUCGGUCAACCAGGGGUUUGAGGCGGUCUACCAGCUGACCAGGAUGUGCACCAUCCGCAUGAGCUUCGUCAAGGGCUGGGGAGCCGAGUACAGGCGACAGACGGUGACCAGCACCCCCUGCUGGAUCGAGCUGCACCUGAACGGACCCCUGCAGUGGCUGGACAAGGUGCUCACACAGAUGGGCUCCCCGAGCAUCCGCUGCUCCAGCGUCUCUUAGGGGAAACCCUCCAUCCAUCAGCGACUGAACACACACACAGACUGCAUGCAGACGAGAACUGAAAGACGCCGAGCCCCCCGCCCUCAUCCAGCCACCGUUCCUCUGCCCCCCCACCAGCUGUCAGUAGCACUUUUAUAUACAUGUUGUUUGUGGCUAAAGGGGACAAGUGCAUUAAUGCAGUACCGUGUUAGGAGCAUCUCCACGUUAUGUCCACAUUUAUUGUAAUGUUUUUUAAUCUUUGGUGUCUGAGUGCCAGAGAAGCUGAUGAACUUUCAUUUUUCUUGAUUUUUACAUCAUUUUUUGUACAGAUUUUAGGGUAAACCCUGGAAUUUAAAAAAUCUAAUCUUUUUAAGCAUUAUUCUCUCAUUUUUAAAGCGUGUUUUAGAUCAUGUUUAAUGCAUUUCUCUCGAUGUUUCUGUAUUCGGGCAUUCGAUAGGUUAUGAAGACAUUUACGGAGUUGAAACGGUCGACCAUCAUUUGUGAACUGAGGCGUGUGAAGGAAUCUACAGGUAGAGCAGGAGUAUCUGUUCAGGCUUUCAAGGAACACAGCAGGAUGUUUAACUGCAUGUUUGAAAUAGAGAAAUCACUGAAAGAGCAAAGAAUCAGUCAAACUUAAAGUUGUUCCUCUCUUUAAGCUGUAGUUUGAGGCCGCAGUAGAGAGACAGCAGCUCUGGAGAACCUUAAAGACGGAGGGAUUCAUCCAGACCCAUCAGGAGGACGAUGCACUUCUGUAGAAAUAUUCCAGUGAAGCUCACUGAUGGCAGAGGUCAGAGUGAAAUAUAUCCUGCAUUCAUUUCAGGAAGCUUUGCCACUUUGCAAAACACUGUUGCAGCGUUGUAUUGAGUAGUAUGUGUGUAUAUACAUAUAUAAUCUACAUAUUAACACCGGACUUGAAAUCAUCUCACAUACUGUAACUGUUCUGCAGACUUUUAGUUCAACUACAGAUCAAACACACGUUGAAUCCUCGUGUAAAGAGCACAGGAAGAUGCCUUCGCUUUUCUUAACCCUGUAAAACCCACUGCUGCAAAAAUACAGCAUCGGUUUUAUUUUUUUCAAUAAUUAUUUUUUAUUAUAUACAUAUGUAUAUAUGUAAAUCUGUAAACCCCAAAUAUAGAAAAAAAUUGCAAAACUUAUAUAUAUAUAUAUGUCCGAAAUGAUCUGAAACGGUAAUAAUUGUCAAAAAUGAGUCAAAAUUGGCCUGAAAUGACUUGAAACUCGUCCAAAAUUAGUGAAAAACAUCCAAAGCGACUCAUAAUUUGUCAAAAGAUGACUUGAAACCUGUCCAAAAUUAGUCUAAAUUUGUCUAAAAUGACCUAAAUUUGGAUAAAAUGAGAAAUGAUUGACAAAAAUGAGUCAAAAUUUGAUACAUGCAUGUAUGUAUCAAAUUUUGCUUUUUUUUCUUCCGUAUUUGGGUUUUCCAGGGUUAAUAUUCUCUCAGCAGUCGAUAACUUUGGUCUUACUUUUAGCCAUGCUGACUUUUUGCACACUCAGGACCGUAGGAAAAUGAAACAGAACCCAGUGGAACAGACAGACGCAUGACUGGAGACUUUAAAGUCUGUUUUGCUACCAGUUAUUUUUGUAGGACGAUGAGGUGAGAAGUUUGUCCGCUGAAAGUGUUUUUGCGUGAUGUGAUGGAAGAUACUGCUGGCAGGUCUGGAGACCGUGUAUUUUUUACCUGUGAAAACGAGGCAGUUUGAGUACAAAGCACAGCUUUUUACAAAGGGAAAUGUUUAGACGAAUAGAAGCAUGUAAAUAAAUACCAGUAGCUUCUCAAAUCAUGUUUUUUAAGGCCUAUGUACAUUUAGUACAUACAUGUUGUAAUGUAACCAUUAACCUUUAUAAUGUUGAUGGUUUUGAGCAAAAAAGAUCAAAAAUAAAAAUAUAAAAACCUUCAUUAAUGUCGGGAAAGCUGUCGCUGACAUAGAGAAGUCACAGCUUUGGUCCCAUUUCCUGUCAGCCGCCCGCUGAGGUGGAAGUGGAUGGGUUUCCUCCUGCUUCUUUAACACUAGACAAAGACUCAGCGGGGAGAAAAAAAACAAUACUCUGAAUCUUGUACAGCUUAUUUACAUUAACCCGGCAGCCCAGAGGUGCUAAUCUUUAACAUUUUAGGGACUCAAGAUUAAACAGUGAAGCCAUGCUGGUAGAUUCUGAUCUCUGAGGGACUUUAAAGCGUUUCAGAACCAGUAGCAUCUACCGAUCUGAGACGAGCCGGCUCUUUGUAGAGCUCCUAGUGUCCCUGAAUGUGGCGGUCCUGAUCCUGGUGGACUCUUUAACCACGUAGUCGGUGUGAUUACCCGUCAUUUUUAUACACUCUGCAAGUUCCAGUGCUUCUCUCCCUUUGUUUAAAGUGUUCCCUAUAAUUGUUCUUAUUAGUUGUGAUUUUCUGCUCCUCUGCUCUGAAUCGCUCUUUUUAGGUGUCUCUUGUAUAAAGUUAUACUCUUUACUCUCUGCAUAUAAAAGUUGUUGUGAUGCUUUAUAUUUUUGUGUAUUAUUGUCGGUCUAUGAAUAAAAUCUAUAUCUUGUGGUGA